CAAAGUCAACGCCUCUCUCUCUCUCUCUCUCUCUCUCUCUCUCCGUGUCCAACCUCUUCUACUUCUUCUGAGCAUCCUUUACUCGCUUUGGCUCUCUCUCUGAUUACCAAUUGGCCAUGAAAUACCAGCCAUAGCGAUUUGUUCCUCAAACAACCAAAAGGCCUCAGAUUUUUUCAUUUCUUUUCGGGGCGAUGGGUAACGGUUUCGGAAAGCUGACAGUGUGUUUCACCGGCGGCGGAGAGGGUCGCCGGAGGCAGGACUUGCCCGUUUUAUUAUCGGACCCUUUGGACCUAGGACACUCCUUCUGCUACGUGAGACCCGACCAGAGUCGCCUCUCGUCCUCCAAGGUCCACUCCGAAGAGGCCACCACCUUCAAAACUAUCUCCGGCGCUUCGGUGAGCGCCAACACUUGGACACCUCUCUCCACGUCGAUCGUGGACGUUUACUCCUACAACAGUAUCGACCGAGCUGCGGCGUUCGAGAGCUCAACCUCCUUCGCUUCGAUUCCUCUGCAACCGAUUCCGAAGAAUUUGAUGAAUUCGGGUCCGAUUUCCGGUAGCAUGUACGGAAUUCCGAGCUCGGGUCCGUUGGAGAGAGGAUUUCUAUCGGGCCCGAUUGAGCGGGGCUUCAUGUCCGGCCCGUUGGAUCGCGGGCUGUACUCGGAUCAGAUGGAGAAGGGUUUCUCUGGCCAGUUCCAGAGGAGCUUCUCUCAUGGGGCUUUUGCAUUCAGGCCCAGAUCGAGAAAAGGGAAGCUGAUUCGGGUCCUCCAGAGAGCGAUAUCGAAAGCUAUGUCUCGGGGGCAGCAAAACUCGAUCGUGGCUCCGAUUAAAUCCGGCGUGGUGAAAGAACCCGAUUGGAUUGUUGGGACUGAGAGGCACCACAACGAGAACUUGACGGUGAGCAGCGUGAAUUUUAGCAGCGACGGUAGCUUGGAAGACGACGAGGACUCCUUGGAAAGCCAGAACCUUCAGUGGGCUCAGGGAAAAGCAGGGGAGGACCGAGUGCACGUCGUCGUUUCGGAGGAGCACGGCUGGGUAUUCGUCGGGAUUUACGAUGGGUUCAACGGCCCCGAUGCUCCUGAUUUCUUACUCUCCAAUUUGUACUCAUUCGUGCACAAGGAGCUUAAGGGUCUGUUGUGGGACGACGGGUUUGAAUCCCCUACGAACACAAUCACUGCCCAACCUGCCUAUUCUUCCCCUGCUUCCGAUUCCGAUGUCAAUUCCAAUUCGGCAAUGGAAGAUUCCGAUGGAAAUUCGGCAAGGAAUCGGUCGGCCGGAGAUGCUUGUACUCGGUGCGCAGUUGAGGUGCAUGAGAAUUUUCCUUGUGCAAGUGGGGACGAUGAUGCGAAGCGAACUAGGGGUAAGGUUUCCUCGAAGAGCAGAUACAAGAACAGAGGAUCGGAGAGCCAGAGGAGGUGGAGGUGGAAGUGUGAAUGGGACCGUGAGCGAGUGGAGCUCGACAGGAGGUUAAAGGAACAGUUACUGAAUAGUAGCAAUAAAUCUGGGUCGGAUGGGGCGAGAGCGAUCAACCACUCGGACGUGUUGAAAGCGCUUUCGCAGGCUCUGCGGAAAACAGAGGAGUCAUAUUUGGAUAUUGCGGACAGGAUGGUUGUGGAGAAUCCGGAGCUGGCGUUGAUGGGUUCGUGUGUGCUCGUCAUGCUAAUGAAGGGUGAGGAUGUGUAUGUGAUGAAUGUGGGUGAUAGUCGAGCAGUGUUGGCUCAGAAGGCCGAGCCCGAUUAUUGGUUGGGGAAGAUUCGCCAGGACUUGGAGAGAAUCAAUGAAGAAACUAUGCAUGAUCUGGAAGCGUUGGACGGUGAUAGGCCCAGCACGUGUCCGAGUCUGACCGCUUGUCAGCUUAGCGUGGAUCAUAGCACUAGUGUGGAAGAGGAGGUUCAGAGAAUAAAGAGUGAACACCCAGAUGAUGCUUGUGCUGUGAUCAAUGAUCGUGUGAAGGGUUCCUUGAAGGUCACUCGUGCUUUUGGUGCUGGUUUUCUCAAGCAGCCUAAAUGGAACAAUGCACUUUUGGAGAUGUUCAGAAUAGACUACAUAGGGACUUCCCCUUACAUCAACUGUUUCCCAUCUUUAUACCACCAUAGAUUAGGCCCAAAAGACAGGUUUUUGAUAUUAUCCUCUGAUGGGCUCUAUCAAUACUUCACAAAUGAAGAAGCUGUUUCUGAAGUUGAGCUUUUCAUCAUGUUACAACCCGAAGGAGACCCGGCUCAACAUCUGGUUGAGGAAGUGCUGUUUCGAGCAGCCAAGAAAGCUGGUAUGGACUUCCACGAAUUACUCGAAAUACCACAAGGGGAUCGGCGGCGAUACCACGACGAUGUUUCCAUCAUUGUUAUUUCUUUAGAGGGAAGGAUAUGGAGGUCAUGUGUAUAAAAGUAGAGAAAAUCUCAGAGAAGAUAUAGAGACAUUUGCUUAAGAAAAAAAAAAAAAAAAACUCAGCAUUACCCCUUUUUUGCUCUGUUUUCUUCCUGGUCACCUCUGUAAAAUUAAGCAAUUAAGCUCUCCGGAAUUAAGGGUCUUAGUUGGGAAUGUACACUGGGUGGCAAGGAGUGUAAAGGUGUAAAAGCUGGUUCAUGUUGAUUAUAAAACUGACAUAGAAAAUUGUAAUUUUCUAAUAAAUGGUAUUCCUUUUGAAAA